AACAUUACAAGAGCAAAGUUACUAUCACAACGAUCACUACAUUCAAUCAUCAGAUCAGAGUUAUCAGAAUACAUAGCCAUGUCAGGAGCACAAGGAACUCAGCCGCCGGAGUCAUUCACGGCGACGACAUACAAGUUAGCUGAAGGAGGAGAGAACAAAAGUAGGACUGACAUACGUUCCCGGGAGGACCAGGGAAGCGUUCAGAUUGAUAAGAUCCAAGACAAGGUGAAGGACGCCGCUGGAGAAGGCGGCCCGGUUUUCGGUGCCGGUAAAGAUACCCAUAAAGACGACCUGGGUGUCAGCGGCACCGGUUAAUAUAUAGCUAGCCGGAGGAGACGACAACGACGUGUACAAUCAAUCACUUGCUUCUCCUCAAAAAGUUGAUCUAGGCAGUUGUACUGUUUGUGUUGAAAGAUCAAUAACUAGCUAGUGUGUUCAUGAUCAGGGCAAUUUUUGCAUCAUUGCAUGGUUGUGGAACUUGGUUAUGUGUGUUAUGUUAUGUGAAUAUGUUGUGUUGUUUGCUUGUUAUUUUGGAUUCGUAUAAUUCUGUCGUUGAGUCGUUUUGUCAAACACGCACCUCAGUAAAUCUAGGUUAUUGGAUACAUCAGUCUGAUACUAAAGACUGAUGAUUCUAAUAUAUCAAUAUGCAUGCUAUUCUGUUGGUCUUGAAUUGUGUCACGAAUUUGCAGCUUACGGUGUAAUGGUUAUACUAGCGAAUGAAAAUUCGUUUCUUACAGCAAAAUUGGAUUUUGUGAUGGUUAUGCAAGCAAGUGAAAAUUUGGUUCUUACGGUGUCAUGUAUAAUAUAUUGAUCACACAAAUGUAACUAUAUUGAUCAAUUGAUGAAGCAGCUUGAGACUUGGGAGAUAAUGUGAUUGAUCAAA